UGGUGACUUUUUAGAAAUUAAGUUAUUUAUGACACUACUGUAUUGAUAUUUUUGAAAAAGUAAUAAAGUAAUUCCAAAGUAAAGUAGGCGUAUAUUAAUGGUUUACUUAUCACCUAUAAAUGUCUGGAAUUGAAACUUGGAUUUCGUUGUGAAUAGAAGAAUCUUAUGAGUUCUAAAUUAAGUCUGUGUUCCUGUACAUAAAAAUAAAUUUAAAUUAAUAAAAUGAACGUUAGAUACAAGACUUUUAUCGCCCUUAUUGCUGUUAUACUGUCAAGAUUUGGUUCAAUGUGUCUGGCUGCACAAGAAAAUAUAAUCCUAGGUGUUCAAACAACUAUUAACUCUUCAUCUCAGUUUCUUGAAGUAACAGACACUGGUCAGCAUCAUAGGCCUACGGAUGAAAACAUAAACCCAAAGGAAAAUGUUAUACAGGAAGAGAAAGUGGUAGAAGAGAUCCGCUCUAGUUUUGAAGACUUGUCUAUUGCUGAGGAAAGAACCAAAAUUAAAGAAGAACCACACGCUGCACCAACACUGCAAUUCCAACAUCAGCAUGCCAAUAUCGCAACUGAGUUGUCAGAGAGUGGGCAGGCAGCAGUAGUGUAUACACUGGUAGACUCUGCCACAUCAGAACUACAACAACAGGCAGCUGCGGCCUCAGUGACACCUGACACUUCCAACACUACCUCAGGUCACAUCACAACACCUAGGUGUCCCUACUAACUCACAUGUUGUAUACAGGUUGUCAGAGAGUGGGCAGGCAGCAGUAGUGUAUACACUGGUAGACUCUGCCACAUCAGAACUACAACAACAGGCAGCUGCGGCCUCAGUGACACCUGACACUUCCAACACUACCUCAGGUCACAUCACAACACCUAGGUGUCCCUACUAACUCACAUGUUGUAUACAGGUUGUCAGAGAGUGGGCAGGCAGCAGUAGUGUAUACACUGGUAGACUCUGCCACAUCAGAACUACAACAACAGGCAGCUGCGGCCUCAGUGACACCUGACACU